AGUAGGUACCCACUUAAGGAAUAAAUGAAGAAGUGACAAUCAAAAAAUUUUAAUCGUUGCCUUAGACAAAAAGAGAACAGUGCUUUGAGAGUGUUUUCCAGAGUACUUCUGAUUUUUCAGCUAAAUGCACAGGAAAAAUAAAAAUGUGUAUCAACAAACUCAAGCACUUCUGUGCAAAAAUUUUCUUAAGAAAUGGAGAAUGAAAAGAGAGAGCUUACUGGAAUGGGGCUUUCCAGUACUUCUAGGACUAUAUAUGGGCUUAUUGUCAUAUGCAAAAGAAAAUCACCAGCUUCCUGAAAGGCCUUCUCAGAACCUGGGAAGGGUAGAUAAAUAUAAUAGCUCUUUAAUGAUUGCUGUAUAUACACCAAUCUCGAAUAUAACCAUGCAGAUAAUGAAUAAAACAGUAUCUGCUCCCUUUUUGAAAGAAACAAAAGUCAUUGGGGCACCAAAUCAAAAAUCUAUGGACGAACUACUUGUGAACCAUUUCCCAAGUGCAGUGGGAAUCAUCUUUAGUGACACUUUCUCUUACAAGUUAAAAUUUUUUCAUACAUUUGGCAUUCCAGUUUUGAAGGAAGAAUAUUUCUCAGCUCAUUGCUGGAAUGCAGGAAAUGAGCCAUCAUGUUCACUGGCCAAAUACUGGCGUUCAGGAUUUGUGACUUUACAAACUGCAAUUAAUGCUGCUAUUAUAGAAAUCCUAACAGAUCACUCUGUGAUGGAAGAGUUGAUGUCAGUCACUGCUAUAAAUAUGAAGACAUUACCUUUUAUUGCUAAAAACUUCCUUCAAAAUGAGAUGUUUAUUUUCUACUGCUUGCUUUACUUCUCCUCAUUUAUAUAUUUUGCAUCAUUCGGUGUUACCAAAGAGAGAAAAAAGAGUAAGGAUUUGAUGAAAAUGAUGGGUCUACAAGAUUCAGCAUUCUGGUUUUCCUGGGGUUUAAUCUAUGCUGGCUUCAUCUUAAUUAUUUCCAUAUUCAUUGCAAUGAUCAUAACAUCCACCAAAAUGAUAGUCAUGACGGGCUUCAUGAUCAUAUUUAUACUUCUUUUCUUAUAUGGCUUAUCCUUGAUAGCUUUAACAUUCCUGAUGAGUGUGGUGCUCAAGAAAACUGCCCUCACCAAUUUCGUUGUGCUUCUCUUCACUCUCUUCUGGGGCGGUGUGGGACUCUCUGUAUUGCAUAGACAACUUCCUUCAUCUUUGGAGUGGAUUUUGAGUAUUUUUAGCCCUUUUGCCUUCACUGCUGGAAUGGCCCAGAUUAUCCACAUGGAUUAUAAUAUGAAUGGUGUAACUUUUCCUGACCCAUCGGGAGACUCAUAUAAAAUGAUAGCAACUUUUUUCAUGUUGGCUUUUGAUGCUUUUUGGUACUUGGUAUUGGCAUUAUACUUUGACAAAAUCUUACCCUAUGGAAAUGAGCGCCGUUAUUCUCCAUUAUUUUUCCUGAACUCAUCAUCUUGUUUCCAACACCAAAGGACUGAUAACCUAAUUGAGAAAGAAACAGAUCUGGAGCAUACCUCUGAUGACGAUUUUGAACCAAUGGCUCCAGAAUUUCAAGGAAAGGAGGCCAUCAGAAUCAGAAAUGUUAAAAAAGAAUAUAAAGAAAAGUCUGGAAAAGUAGAAGCAUUGAAAGGUUUGCUCUUUGAUAUAUUUGAAGGUCAAAUCACAGCAAUUCUGGGCCACAGUGGAGCUGGCAAAUCUUCAUUGUUAAACAUCCUUAAUGGGUUGUCUGUUCCAACAGAAGGAUCAGUUACCAUCUACAAUAAAAAUCUCUCUGAAAUGCAAGACUUGGAUGAAAUUAGAAAGAUAACUGGUGUUUGUCCUCAAUUCAAUGUUCACUUUGACAUACUUACUGUGAAGGAAAAUCUCAGGCUGUUUGCUAAAAUUAAAGGGAUUCUGCCACAGGAAGUGGAUCAAGAGGUAGAAAGAAUUCUAUUGGAAUUGGACAUACAAAACAUUCAGGAUAACCCUGCUCAACAUUUAAGUGAAGGACAGAAAAGAAAGCUGACCUUUGGAAUUGCCAUUUUAGGGGAUCCAAAAGUUUUGCUGUUGGAUGAACCAACUGCUGGAUUGGAUCCCUUUUCAAGGCAGCAAGUGUGGAGCUUCCUCAAGGAGCGCAAAGCAGACCGUGUGAUCCUCUUGAGCACCAGUUCCCUGGAUGAGGCUGACAUCCUGGCUGAUAGAAAAGUGAUUAUGUCCAAUGGGAGAUUGAAGUGUGCAGGCUCUUCUGGCUUUCUGAAGAGAAAAUGGGGUCUUGGAUAUCACUUAAGUUUGUACAGAAAUGAAAUAUGUGAUCCAGAAAGAAUAACAUCUUUCAUUAAUCAUCACGUCCCGGAUGCUAAAUUAAAAACAGAAAGCAAAGAAAAGCUUGUGUAUACUUUGCCUGUGGAAAGGACAGAUAAAUUUCCAGACCUUUUCAGUGAUCUUGAUAAGGGUUCUGUCCAGGGUGUGGUGCGUUAUGACAUUUCUGUGUCAACCCUGAAUGAAGUCUUCAUGAAAGUGGAAGGAAUAUCAACUGUCGAGCAAGAGGUGAGAGAUGCAGAAAGCCUGCCAGAGAUGCAGCCGGCUCAGCCUCCUUUCCCUGUGAGUGACUUGGAACUCUGGAGAAUGCAGAUCUGUGCAGUGGCACGGCUCCGUUUCUUAAAGUUAAAAUGUGGAAAGAAAACGCUUUUGACCCUACUGUUGGUAUUUGGAAUUGCACUGCUCCCAUGGAUUGUGGAACUGAUAUUUGAUGCUGUAUUAAGUCAAAAGAGUGAUUGGGAAUUUAAACCUGAAUUGUAUUUCCUCUCUCCUGGGCAACUUCCCCAAGAUCCUCUUACCAGCUUAUUGAUCAUCAAUAACACAGAAUCCAACAUUGAAGAUUUUAUACAGUCACUGAAUCAUCAGAAUAUACUGCUGGAAAUCGAUGACUUUGUAAAUAGAAAUGGUCCUGAUGAACUGUCCUACAACGGAGCCAUCAUAGUUGCCGGGAAACAAAAGGAUUAUAGAUUCUCAGUUGUAUGCAAUACCAAGAGGCUGCAGUGUUUUCCUAUUCUUAUGAAUAUUAUCAGCAAUGGGCUGCUUGGAAUGUUUAACCAUACACAACAGAUUCGAACUAUAAGAAGCUCCUUCCCUUUAACUUUGUUCUUUGUCUGGAGUGGGCUGCCAGAAGGCUCCUUUUUCCUACUUUCCGUUGUUAGCAGCAUUUCUCCUUACAUCGCCAUGAGCAGUGUCAGCGAUUACAAAAAGAGAACUAAGUCCCAGCUAUGGACUUCAGGCCUCUGCCCUUCGGCCUACUGGUGUGGGCAGGCCCUGGUGGAUAUUAGCCUCUUUGCUUUCUUUGUCGCUUCAUCGUUUUUAAUUUUCUGCCUGGCAAACGUAGCGGACCGUUAUUUCACAACUCAACUUGUGUUUGCUUCGGUUGUGAUUAUAUUUGGUUAUGCAGCUGCUGUCAUCUUUUUCACAUAUGUGAUAUCAUUUAUUUUUCGCAAGAGAAGAAAAAAUAGUGGCAUUUGGUCAUUUUGCUUCUUCAUUACCUCAACCAGCUUGGUAGACAUGGUUAUAAUAAGUCAGUCCCUGUCAUCUGCCUCGCUUUUGACCAUGGUGUUCGUUCCCUCAUUCGCCUUGAAUGGAUUUCUUAUUUUUAUGAUAGAGAGAAUCUAUGAGUACGAAAAACAAAAUGAAGACCUAAAUUAUGACCUGAGUGGAACUGAUUUUCUAGUAUGCCUAAUACCUUACUUUCAGGCUUUGCUGUUCGCUUUUGUUCUAAGAUGCCUGGAAAUAAAGUGUGGGCAGACAGUAAUGCGAAAGGAUCCUGUUUUCAGAAUUUCUCCCCAAAGAAGAGAGGCCCGGCCAAAUCCAGAGGAACCUAUCGAUGAAGAUGAAGAUGUUCAAGCAGAAAGAAUGAGAACAGCAACAGCCCUGAUGAUCACUUCCAGCAUACAGGAGCAACCUGUCAUCAUUGCUAGCUGUCUACACAAAGAAUACGCCGGCCCGAAGAAAAAUUGCUUUUCAAAGAAGAAGAAGAAGGUAGCCAUAAGAAAUAUCUCCUUCUGUGUUAAAAAAGGUGAAAUACUGGGAUUGCUGGGACCCAGUGGUGCUGGUAAAAGUUCAUCUCUGAGAUUGAUAUCUGGGGUCACAAAGCCAACGGCUGGAGAGGUGGAACUGAAAGGAUGGAGUUCAGUUUGGGGAGAUGGCUCGGUCAAGUUCCUGGGGUACUGCCCUCAGGUGAACGCUCUGUGGCCCAACCUGACGGUGAGGGUGCACCUGGACCUGUUUGCUGCAGUGAAAGGGCUGAGGAAAGCGGACGCCGCAGUCGCCAUCACACGAUUGGUGGAUGCCUUCAAACUGCACCAAGAGCUGAAUGUCCCGGUGCAGAAAUUAACCGCAGGAGCCACCAGAAAGUUGUGUUUCGUGCUGAGCAUCCUGGGAAAUUCGCCCAUCCUGAUCCUGGAUGAACCAUCUACAGGCAUGGAUCCUACAGGACAGCAGCAGAUGUGGCAAAUGAUUCAGUCAACCAUUAAAAACACAGAGAAGGGGGCCCUCCUGACCACCCAAAACCUGGCGGAGGCCGAGACCCUUUGUGACCGCAUCGCCAUCAUGGUGUCUGGAAGGCUGAGAUGCAUUGGCUCCAUCCAACACCUGAAAAGCAAACUUGGCAAGGAUUACAUUCUAGAACUAAAAGUGCAAGAAGCUUCUCAAGUGGUCCACACUGAGAUUCUGAAGCUUUUCCCACAGGCUGCCCUGCAGGAAAGAUAUUCCACCUUCUUGGCCUAUAAACUGCCCAUGGCGGAUGUUUACCCUCUAUCUCAGGCCUUCUACAAAUUAGAAGCAGUGAAACGUAAUUUUAACCUGGAGGAAUACAGCCUCUCUCAGUGCACGUUGGAAAAGAUAUUGGUAGAGCUUUCUAAGGAGCAGAAGGUGGGAAAUUUUGAUGAAGAGGUUGAUACAACCAUGAGAUGGAAACUCAUCUCUCACUCAGAUGACCCAUGAAACCCGAAGCCCGGUCAUGCCUUGCUGAUGUCCUAUAAGCUUCUGUUAUAUGUGAUAAUUUGCAUUUUAUAUAAUUUUUAAAAAUUGUCAACAUCGAUAUUAGGUACACUUUGUACAUUUAGUUAAUAAAUGAAUACAUUGUAAAAUUAUUCUUCCCCUCAAAUUUAGGGACAAUAGAAAAUUGGCGAUAAAAGCAAUACAAAGUUUUAAUGAAGUUAUCUGAAGAACCAGGCACUGGGUUUUAAAUAAAUAAAACUACAA